AGCAGCUCUCCUCUACCUUCAGCCAGGCUCUGUCUGUAAGGGGUCUCUGACCCGCCAACCGUGGUCAGGAGAACUGUCCUGAGCUUGUCCUUGUGUCUUCCAGCAUCCUCCUUUGGUGUCCAUGGCUGCCCAGCAGCGGCUACUGAUCCGUGGGGGUCGAGUAGUGAAUGAGGAUCGCUCUGAGUUGGCAGACGUGCUGGUGGAGGAUGGCGUGAUUCGGGCGUUGGGUCCCGACCUUCUGGCGACUGGAACUUCAGCCCAGGGGCUGCGGAUCCUCGAUGCCUCUGGCAAGCUGGUACUGCCCGGGGGCAUCGACACUCACACGCACAUGCAGUUCCCUUUCAUGGGAUCCCAGUCUAUCGAUGAUUUCUACCAGGGCACCAAGGCAGCUUUGGCUGGAGGCACCACCAUGAUCAUUGAUUUCGCCAUACCUCAGAAAGGCUGCUCCCUCAUUGAAGCUUUCGACACAUGGAGAAGCUGGGCAGAUCCCAAAGUUUGUUGUGACUAUGCACUUCAUGUUGCUGUUACAUGGUGGAGUGACCAGGUCAAAGAAGAAAUGAGAACUCUGACACAAAAUAAAGGCGUUAACUCGUUUAAGAUGUUUAUGGCCUAUAAAGACCUGUACAUGGUUAGAGACCUGGAGCUGUAUGGGGCUUUUUCUCAGUGCAAGGAAAUUGGAGCAAUUGCUCAAGUCCAUGCUGAGAAUGGUGACUUGAUUGCCGAGGGGGCAAAGAAGAUGCUGGCCCUGGGAAUAACAGGUCCUGAAGGUCACGAGUUGUGUCGUCCAGAAGCCGUAGAGGCAGAAGCCACUCUGAGAGCCAUCACCAUAGCUAAUGCUGUGAACUGCCCGCUUUAUGUUGUCCAUGUGAUGAGCAAGUCCUCAGCUAAGGUGAUAGCUGAUGCAAGGAGAAAUGGAAAGGUGGUCUUUGGGGAGCCGAUAGCUGCUAGUCUUGGAACAGAUGGGACUCACCAAUGGAAUAAAGAAUGGCAUCAUGCUGCCCACCAUGUCAUGGGACCUCCAUUAAGACCAGAUCCUUCAACUCCUGAUUUCCUGAUGAACUUACUGGCUAACGAUGAUCUUUCCACAACUGGGACAGACCACUGCACUUUCAACACCUGCCAGAAAGCCCUUGGGAAGGAUGAUUUUACCAAGAUUCCUAAUGGGGUCAAUGGUGUUGAGGAUAGAAUGUCUGUCCUGUGGGAAAGGGGUGUGCAUAGUGGCAAAAUGGAUGAAAAUCGAUUUGUUGCUGUCACCAGCACCAAUGCUGCUAAAAUCUUUAAUCUCUAUCCAAGGAAAGGAAGAAUUGCUGUAGGAUCUGACGCUGACAUUGUUAUUUGGGAUCCAAAAGCUACAAGGACGAUUUCUGCAAAAACUCAUCAUCAAGCUGUUAACUUCAAUAUAUUUGAGGGAAUGGUCUGUCAUGGGGUACCCCUUGUGACUAUUUCAAGAGGCAAGGUGGUAUAUGAAGCUGGAGUUUUUAAUGUCAAUGCAGGAGAUGGAAAAUAUGUUCCUCGGAAGCCAUUUGCUGAAUAUGUUUACAAACGAAUCAAGCAGAGAGAUCAGACUUGUACACCUACCGCUGUACAGCGACUCCCUUACAAAGGGGAAGUAGUUUUGUUGAAGACCAGUGGAAAAACAGAAGCUUCAGCACCUGCAACCAGGAAACAGGCCCAUCGCUAAGACUUUGACUUAGCACCUCAGGUAAAGAAAGACAGGGGAAAAGGAUGCAAAAUACUGCACCUCCGGCUCAGUCAGAAGCACACCUGAACUCCCCACUCAAGGAUCUUCUUGAAAGAAUAAUUGUGAUAGAAUUUCUUCUUUCUUCAAAGUGAAGGCUGCCUUUAUUGCCAGAAUCUGAUGCAGAAUCAAAUUAUAGAUAUAAAUGAAGGUGAUGGUUUUGGAAAUCUCUAUAUGAAAGCUAAUCAGGAAUCAUUUGGGGGUAGCAUCAUUACUUGAACUGAACAUUUUAAUUUUAUGAAUAAAAGUUAGAUCAUAUUCAGAAUGUAUUUGCCAUUAAAAUAUGCUUUUACUUUCAUUAUAAUUAAUAAAAACUUUUAGAUCCUUAAUUAGCUCUUUAAGGCAUCAUCUAUCUGUAACAAAUUACUAGUGAAGAUUCUAGUGUGGCUAGAAUCUAACAGCACGAUUUCUCAAAAGUAAACUACUUUCCCCACAAUUAUAAAUUGAUUCUCCUAUACAUUACCAUGGAAUCAGACACGGUUCUUGAUUUUAGAAUGACUUGAGAAUCAGGUGACACCAUGACAGAUGAAAUGGCCUAGCGGCCUUGGAGACAAGGAGGCUUGAGUUCAAAUCCUGCUUCUGACACAUGUAAAUGAUAUAAUCAUCUGAAAAGUUAUUAGACUUUUCAGUGUCAGACAAUCUCUAAACUAUAAUUUAACAGAGGAAUUGCCUAUUUGUAUGAACCAGCUUUCUAUUCUGACAGUUCCCUGUGCUGACGAAAUCACAGGUCCAAGAACAAAAAAAAAAAAAAAAAAGAAAAAGAAAAAAAAGAAAAAAAAAUCAUGAAACCAAGAUUUGAACAAAUAAAAAUGAAAUCAUCAGUGCUGAAAUGUAGACUUUAGUGAUGCUUUCUCUCUUGAAUUCUUUCAUCUAUCUGUGUUGUGAUUCUCCUUUGAGUACUGAUAGGGAAGAAAAGAAGCCAUAAAUUGGUUUUUUCCUUUUUCAUCCUUUCUCUUUAGAGAUAAGACUAUGUACCCUCUUGUUAAAAAAUGUACGCAAUUCAAUUAAAUAAACGAUUAUUGAGUA